AUGGCAACCUACAAUAAUGCCCAUUGGCUUCUGUCGCACAUCAGAAACUCCUUCAUCUCUACCGACGACACCGGUGUCAGUGAAACCGUCAUGGUAAUGGAGGAUAUUCCACUUCAGCUGGCGAAACGCCACCGCGAAACACGAACGUCUACGGAACCGGAAGCGGCAAAAUCAACGGGUGCCAGCAGCUCCAGUUACAGCCACUGGCAGACCCAUUACGAACGGUUUGGUGCAAACUAUGAGUAUUUUUACUCGUACCCCGGAUUGGACGAUACGGACGAGGAGGAUGCUGAUACUUUGUCGCAAUCGUACGAAAUACAGAUGGACCAGGAAAGUGGAUUCCAUCGCCAACGGUCAAAUACGGAAAUGAAGCUGGAAAAACUGGAGAGCUUACGUCGUAAGGGAAUGCUUAACAGGACCUCGAAGCUGGACGAUGGUUCAGUACGGAGCUCAGCAGAAAAGGAAGAUGAUGACCAGUUUUUUCGCCCCAGGACAUCCUCAUCGGAUACGGUCGAUUCUAGUGCAGAAAGGUUGAGUUCGAUGCUUAGCAAGCAGUUGAGCAUUUUGUGUGAUUUGCCACAAAACAAAUAUCUAACGUUCGCUAAGUUUGACGGCACCGGUCACAUAGAAGUGCCAAUUCGUACCUUCAGAAUAUUCAUACACGCCCUUCCGGAGGAACAGCGUGCCUUUCCGUUGCAAGUUUGCGUGCUGGCCAACACCAAGAUUCAGGAAUUUAUAGGCCUGAUUUGCUACAAAUGUACAAUCGCUUACCCGGAGGUGGAGCUGCGCUCCGCUCAGCAUUACGAUCUGUACAUGACAGAGCCGGAGGGCGAGGUGGACAUUGAUUUUCCUCCGCUCGAUCCAACCGAACCAUGCUCUAAAUUUCGGUUCUCUCACCUCGCAAUGACGGAGCGGCGUGUCUCGACAAGCGCAAGCGCUCAGCUUCCGAGCACCUUCAGUGCCCAAUCGUUGCAUUUCGACAUGUUAAGUACGGAGCACAGGGCAAGCCUAACAACACCGACAACGUCAACAGUCGCAGCUUCAUCAACGACUACGACGAAACCGAAAAUGAUGAAACAGGACAGUAAAAAAAAUCCCGCCUCGCCCCAACGGCCCACACCAAGCACGCCCACGAGUUCAUCGCCGCGUAUCAGCAGCCAGCAGAGAGAUGAUCUUGAUCGUAUCAAAGGACACACGUCCAAGAUCGAGGCCCCGUUGUACCGCACGUUCCAGGUGCACAUCUUGCAUAAGUCUCGCCUCAAGACGGAAGUACAGCUCGGUAUAUCGGGCGAUCGAUUCGAAAUCGAUCCGCUUCUGUACAACCCUAGCAAAUUCUGGAAUCGCCAGAAGCCGGUCUGCCAUCCGAUGGACUCCGUGGCCGCCUGCACCAUCGUCGAGAGGAAGCACUCAAAAGCGAUCCUACGACUGGUGUAUUGCACCUCGAGCGUCCUCAGCACCGACUCUGAAGUGCCCGUUAGCUUUAAGCACUACGUAAUGGAGACUAGCCUGGACGCGGCAGAACAGAUCGUGGAAAAGGUGAACAACAUUCUCGAGGUUCGCCUUAGCCCGAUACGGCGCGAGUAUAUGCGACGACGCGGAAAAUUAAAACAGCCCAGCAGCGCAUAG